AUUUCUUGGUUAAAAUAUGCUCUCAAAGGCGGGGAAUCUAGAAUAAAUUAUAAAUAAAAAAUAAAAUAAAAUAGCUUUCCAAAACCAAGCCCAUCCAAAUCUCUAAAGCCCUAAAGCUCAAUCGAAAGUCUUAACCCAAUCCGUAUGCAACAUUAUUUUGUAAUUUGAACAAUAGUGGUGCUGUUCUUGCUCAUCAGAAAACUGCAACUCUGAAAAUGGAGGAAGACGAUGAAAUGCCACCGUUCGCCGUUGAAAUAAAAGGAAUCGAGCAACGCCGUUUGUCGUCAGAGCCCUCGGACCGCGGAGAAGAAGUUGAAGCUUCCGUUGGUGUCACCGUCAUCACCGGUUACCUCGGCGCCGGCAAGUCCACCCUCGUUAAUCAUAUAUUGAAUUCGCAACACGGAAAGAGGAUUGCUGUAAUCUUGAAUGAAUUUGGCGAAGAGAUUGGGGUGGAAAGGGCAAUGUUGAACGAAGGAGAAGGCGGAGCACUUGUUGAAGAGUGGGUUGAGCUGGCAAAUGGUUGCAUUUGUUGCACCGUCAAGCAUAGUCUUGUUCAAGCAUUGGAGCAACUUGUACAGAGGAAGGAAAGACUUGAUCAUAUAUUGCUAGAGACCACAGGGUUGGCCAACCCCGCACCUCUUGCUUCUGUUCUUUGGUUGGAUGAUCAGCUGGAAUCAACUGUUAAACUUGAUUCGAUUAUCACGGUUGUGGAUGCCAAAAACCUCCGAUUUCAGCUGAAUGGGCAUCAAAAUUCAUCCUCAUUUCCUGAAGCUUUUCUUCAAAUAGCAUUUGCGGAUAUUGUAAUUCUUAAUAAGGUUGAUUUGGUUUCCACAGAGGAUUCUGGAGAUGCUCUGAAGGAACUGGAGAAGGAGAUACAUAACAUUAAUUCCCUCGCUAACAUCGUUCAUUCUGUUCGGUGCCAAGUUGACUUGUCCAAGAUAUUGAAUUGUCAGGCCUAUAAUGCUGCUCAUGCCACUCAUUUGGAAGCAUUGCUGAAAGAAAAUCAAUCUUUAUCAACCGCUGACCUUCAUGAUUGUCAUGUGCGAACCUUAUGCAUUUCUGAGUCACAUCAGGUUGAUCUUGAUAAGGUCCGCAUGUGGCUUGAGGAGAUUCUUUGGGAUAAGAAACAUGGCAUGGACGUCUAUCGCUGCAAAGGGGUUUUGCACGUUCAAAACUCAGAUCAACUUCAUACUUUACAGGGGGUAAGGGAGAUAUAUGAAAUUGUUCCGACUCGCAAAUGGCAGAAGGAAGAAAAUCAGAUGAACAAGAUAGUGUUUAUAGGUCAAAACCUAAACGAGGAAAUUCUUGUUGAUUCCUUGAAAGCUUGCACUUUGAAAACUUGUUAAUUUGUGCUCUUUGUCACUUUCGGUGACAUUCAAGAGGAUUGCCAAGUUUCAAUUCCUCGUCUCUUUCCUUUUCCUUUUUCAUCUUCUUUUUCGGGUAAGUUUUGUGGCUUACUCCUUAUGUUAUGUGCUAACCUGUAGGAGUUUAGUUUUGAAGUUUUGUAUGAUGCUCAGAAGCUGGUACUGUAAUUUGAUUUGGUGGAAAUAAGUUGAUGAUUUUGUGGAUA